AACCUUAUUAAACUUGAAAUAUGAAUACAACAUUACUAAUACCUUAAACUUUGCGAAUAACAUCAACAAGUUAAAACUUAACCCAGAACAUAAAUUUCUUACAAUGGACAUUAAAGACCUUUAUGUGAAUAUCCCAAUAAAUGAUGUAAUCCGCAUUACUAAUAACUUACUCAUCCAAAAUCAUAUAGGCAAAACUUGCAAAGAUGAAAUUAUUACGAUCCUCCGAAUGAUAUUGAAUCAAAAUUACUUCCAAUACAAUGAUAAAUUCUAUAAACCAAACUCGGGUGUUGCCAUGGGCUCUCCCUUGUCGAGUCUAAUGGCGGAAGUAUUUCUGCAACAUUUCGAGCAAAGGGAAGUAAAGCACUUGCUAGAGGACAAACGCAUCAUCUACUAUAAUAGAUAUGUAGAUGACAUAAUUUUGAUUUAUAACCAAUUAAUCGUUACGCCCCAAUACAUUUUAGAUCAAUUCAAUAAGCAAAAUAAAAAUUUGCAAUUCACACUAAAUGAGGAGGAGAAUAACCAAAUAACGUACCUUGACUUGCGGUUAACAAAUAACCACGGACAAGUAAGAAUGGAGAUAUAUAGAAAGCCCACAUCGACAGACACAACGAUAGGUAAUAAUUCUUGCCAUCCCAAAGAACAAAAAUUGGCAGCAUACAAAAAUUGGUUACAUAGACUAUCCGUCCUACCUUUGGAUAACGCAGCAAAGAGCCAAGAAUUAAAUACAAUCAUUAACAUUGCGAAAAACAAUGGUUAUAGUAAAGACUUGAUUAUGCGUAUGUAUCAUAAAUGUCGACAACCAAACAUACUGACCCCUAUUGGAAGUAGUGAACAGAAAUGGGUUUCAUAUACAUAUAACGGAUGUUACACUAGAAAAAUUACGAAGCUUUUCAAAAUCACAAACGUAAGAAUAGCCUUUAAAGUAAAUCAUACUUUAGGUAAAUUACUAAACACGAAACAAAACAUAAACUCCUAUGAGCAAAGCGGCGUUUACAAAUUAACCUGCUUAGAAUGCCAACAAGUGUAUAUAGGUCAAACAGGCAGAAAAUUAAUAACACGCUACAAUGAGCAUGUAAGAUGUAUAAGGUUCAAUAAAGAGGACUCAGCCUACGCUCAACAUAUUUUAAAUAGACAGCAUCAAUAUGGCCCUAUUUCACAAACUAUGGAAUUGAUUGAAGUGGCUAGGAAGGGUAAAUUAAUGAAUAUAAAAGAAGAAUAUCAAAUCUACCGCCACUUCAAGGACAACAAAUUGAUAGAUGAGCAAAAACAGGCAAAAGAAAUCAAUACUCAGAACAGCAUGUUUGACCUCAUUACCACUUGUACACACACACCCCCCACCACGUCAAGAUACACAUAGCUUUAAAUAACAUCGACGUGGCCUCUCCACUGCACUACACAAUACACUACGCGUCGGACACAGCCGACCACAAGCCCACGCAACCUCGUGCUGACGCCUCCCCCAUUGGGACUAUCCACUAAGAGGAACCUGAAUAUUUUACUUGGACGGUUUUAACUUUAAUUUUAACAUUAACGACUCGCUUUGUGGGUGAUUUCUUUAAAUGCAAGUGGGAUACCUGCACUCGGGAUACUGGAUGUUGUUGUGUUUUUACGCUCCGAUACGUGUAACAUCUUCCACAAAAAACUGUACAUUGUGAUUGUUGAG